CGAGCCCUCUUCGCGCUCACACGCAUCACACACCCCCGCACACCCCUCCGGGCGGACAGCGAGCGGACCCACAGCCGCAGCACCCGGCAAGGACAUUCACCCGAGAUGCUCACCUAGGCACCCUGCUCCCCUCGCUCGCCACCAGCCCUGCCAGGGCGGCAGCUUACCCUCAUUUCUCCACGAGAUCUGGGGGAAGUAUGAAUUAUUACAGGCUCACUCACGAGUCCCAGCUUCACCUGUUUUUAAUUACUCCAGUUUUGUCUAAAUCUUUCAGCCAGUUUUGAUAGCACUAUUACUUUUUUUUUUUUUUUUUUUUUAACUCGGCUUGGCUGAACUGAAGCAGAGACUCCCGAGGGUUACAGCCACCGUGGGUGUGUGUGUCUAUGUGUGUGCCUGUGGGUGUUGGGAGGGCGAGAGGGAGAGAGAGACAAAAACUCCAUCAGCCCGGACGAUGCCACCUCUUGUUUAAAGCUUCCAACCUGUUAUUCUUUCCCCGCACUAUCACGGUACCAAGUGAUCUGUAUUUCCCCCAGCCCAACCCCCCUCCCUCCUCGUGGAAGAUAUGGAAGAGGAAGAUAAAGCCGCCGGCUGCGGGCGCUGACGGAGCGCAGCCCGCAUGCCUCUGCCGCCACAGCCGGGGCCGCUCCGCAGCCGCCGCUCCAGCGAGCCGCUUGCGGCGGGAUGAGAUGCAACUUCUGCUAAUUGGAUCACAGGCUUAAGUUGUAACUGGGUAUCUUGUUAUCAGAAGCGAAAUGAAUAACUCAACGUACAUAAACUCUUCCACUGAAAAUGUGAUGGCCUUGGAGAGCCGCUAUAAAACUGUUGAGGUUGUGUUCAUUGUCCUGGUGGCAGGGUCUCUCAGUCUAGUCACCAUAAUUGGGAACAUCCUAGUCAUGGUGUCUAUCAAAGUCAAUAGGCACCUCCAGACUGUCAACAAUUAUUUCCUGUUCAGCCUGGCCUGCGCUGACUUGAUCAUUGGCAUCUUUUCCAUGAACCUGUACACGCUCUACACUGUGAUAGGCUACUGGCCCUUGGGGCCUGUGGUGUGUGACCUCUGGCUGGCUCUCGACUACGUGGUCAGCAACGCCUCUGUAAUGAACCUGCUCAUUAUCAGCUUUGACAGGUACUUUUGUGUCACCAAGCCUCUGACGUAUCCCGUGAAGAGGACCACGAAGAUGGCCGGCAUGAUGAUCGCCGCCGCCUGGGUGCUGUCCUUCAUCCUAUGGGCCCCUGCAAUUCUCUUCUGGCAAUUCAUUGUGGGAGGAAGGACUGUCCCAGAUGGGGAUUGCUACAUCCAGUUUUUUUCCAACCCUGCUGUCACUUUUGGCACAGCCAUUGCAGCCUUCUAUUUGCCUGUUAUCAUCAUGACUGUCCUUUACUGGCAAAUCUCUCGAGCCAGUAAGAGUCGGAUAAAGAAAGGAAAAAAGGAAGCUGCCCAAAACCAAGAAACAGUUUCCCCCAGCCUUGUCCAAGGUAAAAUAGUGAAACCAAACAAUAACAAUAUCCCAACCAGUGGAGAUGGGUUGGAGCACAGCAAAAUUCAGAAUGGAAAAACGAGCGAAGAGACUGUGACCAAUAACUGUGUUCAAGGGGAGAAGGAGAGCUCCAACGACUCCACCUCCAUCAGUGUGGUCGCUUCCAACAUGAAAGAGGAUGAAGCUACCAAAGAUUCCAGACAGGCUUCUGCCUCCCAAGACCAUGUCAAAGCAGAGAACUCCAAGCUAACAUGCAUCAGGAUAGUCACCAAAUCCCAAAAGGGGGACUGCUGUGCCCCUACCAACACUACCGUGGAGAUCGUGGGCACGAAUGAGGAGGAGAAGCAGAACAGCGUAGCCCGGAAAAUUGUCAAGAUGACAAAGCAGCCAGCCAAAAAGAAACCACCCCCUUCUAGAGAGAAAAAAGUGACAAGGACUAUUUUGGCCAUCCUCCUGGCCUUCAUCAUCACUUGGACCCCGUACAAUGUGAUGGUGCUCAUCAACAGCUUCUGCACAUCCUGCAUCCCUACCACCGUAUGGACCAUAGGUUACUGGCUCUGUUACAUCAACAGCACCAUCAACCCUGCCUGCUACGCGCUCUGCAAUGCCACUUUCAAGAAGACCUUUAAGCACCUUCUUAUGUGUCAUUACAAGAAUAUAGGAGCUACAAGGUAAAAAAAAAUAAUGAAAAUAAUUAUGAAAAGGGUGAAGAAGUUCCAAAUUAAAUUUUAAAAACCCUCAAUGCUAUAGCACUUUAUGCUAUUCUAUGGAAUGUGCAAUCCAGGAUGUUAGUGGAAAUACUGAUAAGGGGCAUCAGUUGUACCCCUGAGGACUACACUUUAAAACAUUUUUUUAAUAAAUGAAAAUAAAUCUUUAGGACACAGGAAUGUUUGAGAAGUUAUUCAAGUAUGUGGACUGGAGGCACAGUUCCUUAUUUUCUGAGUACUCUGCAGAAGGGCUUUAAAGUCCAUGAUUUUUGGUCAUUCUGUGUAAAAUACUUGUUCUUUCAUUCUCUUUUUCUUGCUUUUUCCUGUGUGUGUUUAUUACAUCUGCAUCUAAGUAAAAAAAACCCACCAAAUUUUAAUAAUAACUGUGUGGAAGAGUCAUAGGAGUUUGGAAGAUCAUUACAUAAUCCAAAUCAAUCAUGGCAGAAAUUUUCUAAAGCUCAAAUUUGUCUAAAGCUGUUUUGCCACUGUCAUGUAAGAAGCUUAAUGUUAGUUAAAUCAGGAUGAAAGGGGUUUUUUAAUGUUGUUUAUAAUGCCACCAUUUCCAAAACCACAUCAGUUCUGAAAGUGUACUUAUGCACAACAUGUAAUCAUUGUAUGUUGUUCCAAGUCUACUGCUUUCCCCCUCCCAGGGGCUUUUGUUCUGUGGCUUCUUCAUCGUGACGAGAUCAAAGUGAAAAGACGUGGUCUCAUCCAGAUUGCUACAUGCCAAGAUUCGUCAGCAUCCAUGUCAACCAAAGCUUUUGAGAUGAUUUUGUUCCCUUUGUUUGUCACAUAACGUAGACCUGUGGAUUUGUCUUUUACCUCCAUCAGCUUUUUCUUUCUUUCUGUACCUUACUUGCCCAGGGCAUGACUGAAUAUUAAAAGAAGCUGUAAAUUUAAAGGUCUCCUGCAGUCAGCCAUCAUGAUGGCCACCAGAGGGUCUCAGCUGAAGAAUAGAAACAAGAUUAUUACUAGAAAAAUGAAAGGCUACACGCCUUUAAAGUUGGAUGUACAGAUGCAGAGGUAUGUUGAGGCUUCACAGAAUGAAUAGUUAAUAUUAGAUGACCGUGCUCGUGACCAGUCAAAAGAUGUUUCUAUGAUUAAUUUCUUGAGGAAGAGAAUAAGAUAGACUGACAUACACACCUGGAUCAAGCUCUGCUAAGCCCUUAGUGUGAAACUGGGGUCCUAUAUGGGUGAAUCCUGGACAAGAUGUUUGCUUUCUGGAAAAGAUAGUGGUCACCUUGCCUUGUACUACUUGAGAGACAUAUUUUGACUGUAAGCCAAGGGGUAACAUUAAUAAAAAGGCAGAGAAAAACUGUGAUUAUAGAAAACCAGACACUGAAAUAGUCUGGAUGGGAGACUGGCAAGGGCUAAAUUCAAAUGCUUUUUGCUACCCUACACUACGUGAAAUUUAGAUUUCUGCCUGUACAAAGAAUUUAGUAUUCAAAUAUUUGAUAUUUAUUGUAGCAAAGCUGAACAUUUUGUGGACAGGUAAAAGGGUAUCAGAUUACUGAAAACAGAGAUUGUCUGUGAGUUAUGCAUUUUUUUUUUUUUCCUCCUUCUUAGUACCUCUAACUUCCAGGACCUAACAAAGGUAGAUUUAUAUAUUUUGUUACCCAAAAAGAGCAUAGACAGUGACUUGAGGGUCUCUUUUCUGGAGUGAAAGCCACCCACCAAAGGGGACACCAAUUCGUUCUGUUAUUUCAUGCUAGAACUUUAAAGUAUUCCAAAAUGCACCUCAAAAUAGCGGCCUCUGAGAUUACAGAGAAAUUAAUCUUGCAGAAUUAAGUUUUACAUUUGACAAGCUUAUUGGAACACACUUUGUCAAAGCACUUUGGUAUCAUGACAGUUUUCAUGUUUUGUAGUACAAGUUCUCAGCAGAAAGUGAAAAUGAGGAGGAUUAAACUGCAGUAAAUUAAGGCCACGUUAAACUCUGGAUUAAUGCAUCUAAAUAUUAAGUCAUUGAAUUUAUAUCCCUAGUGAUUUCAUCCUAAUAUAACUGUCUCCAUACAGCCUAGGAUCUAAUUUUGCAACUCUGACUUGCCUUGAGUCAUAUCUACUAUCACUGUUUUCAUCUUCCUGCUUGUAAGGAAGAAUAACUCAAUGACAAAGCUUGCCAAACAGCACUACUGCCUUUUAAAACUUCAUUCACUAGGUUUAUCUUGACAGGUCAAAGGAAGGACUUACACAUUCCUAGGUUUUUCAAUCUUUUACAGCGCUAAAAAAAUCCAGAUAAAAUUCCAAGAUAAAAUAAAUCAAAUAUGUUCAAUUUCUAAAUCUGACUUCUUUAGAAAAGUUUCAUGAAAGAAACACACCUGCUCCUUUCUUUCAGCAAGUGCUCUGGGUAUCAAUAGUACAGGUACUCAAAUUGGGAAAUAAUGGUUUGUACAGCCAUACUUAAUCUCUUAACUCUGGUUUUCUGGCAGGCGUGCAAAUCCUUUAUUCUCACAUUUGAAGCUAUCACUUGUUCAUAAUGAAUUAAUCCAACAGCUAAGGAUGCUCCUACAGGUUAAGAAGUGCGACAGAUAGAUUGCAAUUAUACUCCUUCAUCAUGUGAUAUGAUGACACUCAAAAUACCACAGGAAGAAAAGUAUUUUGGGGCCAGCAUUCAUG